ACACAUAUACUCAUAUUGACAAUAUUGUUGAAUUGUCAUUUAUUAGACGUCUCAUUAAUUUACAAUAACAAAUUGAAAUUUUGAUGAAAAAUAAAACAAUAAAUAUCGUUAUUAUUGUACAAUAAUUAAUUUAAUAAUGAAAGAAAUAGUUACAAAUCAACAUGUCAAUGUGACUAAUAAUUUUUCAAACAACAAUGGUAAUCCAAGUACAAAUAAUGUUACAAAUGGUAAUAAUCAACGUAAAUAUGCUGUUAUUAGUAAAGAAUGGGUAUCAACAAUUGGUGAAGAAUUAGGAAUGGAUCGUCUUCCAGAUUCUUUAUUAAAAAGACUCGCUGAAGAUGCAUCAUAUCGUCUACGAGAAGUAUUACAUAAAUGUACGACAAGAUUAAAACACAGUAAAAGAAAACGUUUAACUUCAAAUGAUGUUAAUGCAGUACUUACAAAUCUUUGUGAUGUUGAUCCAAUAUUUGGUUUAUCAAAUCAAAUGCCAGCUUAUCAUAAUGAAGCUAAAGUAUUUGUACCACAUGAAAAUUCAAUUGAUCUUGCAUUAAGAUCAACAAGUACAUUAAAUAUAACACAAUGUGGUGCACCAUUUAUACAAGAAACUGAAAUAUGUAAUACAAAAUUAAAUGAAACACGUCAAAAUUAUGCUAAAAAAGCACUUAAAACUUUAUUUAAUGGAUCACAAAAAACAUUUCAAGUUUUAUUAAAUGAUUGUGCAACAAAUGCACAAUUAGGUGGUGAAGGUGUUAUUGAUACUCUAUUAUCAAUUGCAAGAUCUACUGUUAUUUCAAAUAAUGCACAAUACACCAGAGUUACAACAAGAACAUGUCAACUAAUUAUUUCAAUUGCCAGUAAUAGUGAAGCUGUUUAUCCUUAUCAUUUAAAUUCAGCACAAAAAUUAACUGAAUUAUUGUUAGAAAUUUUACUCGGACAUAGUUUUAUAAAUCCAAAUGUUGAGGCAUUAUUUAAAACUUGUGCUCUUAAAUUAAUGUUAAGAUGGCCUUCAGUUGCUGAUAAAUUUGUACCAAUGCUUGAAGGUGUAUUUGAUGAAACUAUUAAAUCUGAAAAUUCAAAUAAUGAUAAAAGAAAAUUACGAGCAAUUGAAUUACUUGCUGAAGUACAGCCAUUAUUAUUUUAUCAAAAAAAACCAGAUUCAUUAUUGUCAUUUAAUAAUAUUUUAAAUAAUGCACAACAAGGAACAAAAUUAUGGCAACAAAUUGCUAAUUCUGUGUGUGCUCUUGUUAAAUCAAAACGACAUACAAUUGAUUUUGGGUUGUUGAUUGAUCAUUUUGGUGAUUCAAUAUUGCCAUAUUUAACUGUUGAUGAUGAUUAUGAUAGUAAAAAAAAUAGUAAACCAAUAGUGCUUCCAAUUAUUGUAAGAAGUAAAAUUAAAUAUGCAAGUAUUACAUCAAAUGGUAAUAGAGAACGACAAGUUGGAUUUCCAGAUUCAUCAUUACGUGGACCAAGACGUGAAAUUAGAUUUGCAUUUGCUGGUGGAAGACCAGUUGCUCAAAAUAAUCUUCGACGUGUUAGUUUACGUGCAAGUUACCAAAUACUCAGAAGUGAUAUGAGAGCAACAACAGCUCUUAUUGCAUCAAAACGUCUUCUCAUAUUGAGAGAUAAAAAAAAAAAUUUUAAUGGACUUUACAAUUUAGCUCAUGUUAAUCUUUAAUUUUUGUAUUUUAUUUUUUUUUUUUCUAAGUAUAAAAAUAAUAAAUUGUUCAUUAGUAUAACAACUAUGUGAC